AAACAACCGGCUGCGUUUAGCUGCUAAAAACCGAGUUAAUAGACGAGUUUAACAUCAUUUACUGUAAGUUUACACCUUCAGGGACUGGAGACAAGAAGCAGCUGGUUUGUGUGCAGCAGUGAUGACAUGCUGAUGGAGGAUUAAAACCCCCCUACUGAUGGAAACCCAGAGGAAGAGCUCUGUGGAUGACGGCGGCGGAGAGCGAGGCCUGCUCCACACCUGGAGGGGCUACUCGUACAGCGUCACCCCCGACAGGCUGCUCCUCCCUCGGCCCGUCCUGCAGGUCGCUCUGGGCACGCGGCACGGAGUCCUGCUGGUGGAAGGAGGACAGGUGUACAGUUUUGGGGAGUUGCCAUGGAAACAGAGUCAAGUCCCCGAGGUGGCGAAACCCACCUUGGAGAGCGCUCUGAGCGGCCAGCGUGUGGUCGCCGUGGCAGCCGGGAGCUUCCACAGCGGGGCGAUAACGGAGGAUGGUGGAGUCCACAUGUGGGGGGACAACGGCGCGGGGCAGUGCGGCCUGUCGGGUCUCACCUCCGUCCCAAACCCGACUCCCGUGGCCCUGCUGGACUCUGACUCCAGCCCUCCGCAGACGGUGCCGGUGCUGGAGCUCGCCUGCGGGGAACAGCACACUCUGGCUCUGUCGGUGCAGCGGGAGGUUUGGGCGUGGGGGAGUGGCUGCCAGCUGGGACUCAACGUCUCCGUCUUUCCUGUGUGGAAGCCGCAGAAGGUGGAGCACUUAGCUGGCAGGUAUGUGCUCCAGGUGGCGUGCGGGGCCUCGCACAGCCUGGCUCUGGUGCGCUGCCUGGGACCCCUGGAUGUCCACCGGCCCCCCGUGGACAAAUGCGGACAGUGUAACCAGCUGCUGUACACCAUGACAGACAAAGAGGACCAUGUCAUCAUCUCUGACAGCCACUACUGCCCUCUCGGCGUGGAGCUGACGGAGGACGAGAGCAGGCUGGAGGCUCCGACUCAGACACAGGGGCUCAAAACGUCUCCGUCAGAGCCAGUCCUCCCCUCACACACCUCCACCUCAGGACCUGCUAAUAACAGCGACGCCUCCCACACGCAGGACUCAGAGAAAGGAGAAUCAUCCUUGACUAACGGAGUGCCGCCCGGCUCAGACUCCGACCCCUCGGCUCAGUCCGCAGAGGGUAGCGGGGGCGCCGUCGCUGGGGUCAAAAACUCACCGUAUCCAGACGAGCAGGCUGUGAAAGAAUACCUGAGGAAACUGUCGGACACGAGUCAGGCAGAGCACAUGGUUAAAGCUGGGGGGCUUCACUCUCUGCUGCCUUCAACAGGAAGAGAAACCGGCUCGGCGCUCAAUAACCUUGUGGCCUCCUGCGCCUCGGCAGUCGGCGAGCGGGUCGCCUCCACCUACGAGGCGUUGUCCCUCAAGAAGAUGAUGAACUUCUACCUCCCCUCAGGUGCGUCCAGGUCAGGUGGGCCGGCCGGGAUCACGGGGGCGGCAGUCAACGACAACACCACCGAGCGAGUCCGUCAGGAGGACUCCGUGCAGACCAAGAAGAGCUCGAGCACGGGCGACAUCCGUGAGGAGGAGGCGGAAGGUCUGCGGCGGCGUCUCUCGCUCCCGGGACUCCUCUCACAGGGUAGAUACGCUGUUCACCUCUUAUCCUCCUCCUAUAACCUGCUGCUGUCUCCGCGGCUGCUGAGGAAAGCCCAUCGUCCCAAGAUGCGUGCUGUGGCUCUCACCCCUUUGGGAGGGGCGGUCCCUGAGGCCCAGGAGGUGCUGCCCACCCUGCAGACGGAGGUGUGGAGCUGGGGCCACGGAGAGCACGGGCAGCUGGGCCACGGAGACAACCUGGCCAGAUUACAGCCGCUGUGCAUCAAAAGUCUCAACAAUAAGGAGGUGGUACGAGUGGCGGCCGGCGCUAAUCACUCCCUCGCUCUGACGGCUCAGUCGCAGGUGUUCUCAUGGGGGAGUAACAGCUCCGGUCAGCUGGGUCACAUGGAGUCGCCUAGCACGGUUCCCCGCCUGGCCAAGCUGUCGGAGGGUAUCCGGGUCUGGGACGUGAGCGCAGGAGAGAGACACACCCUCCUGCUGGCUGACGGAGACUGCAUCCAGCCCAUCAUUUAUUACAGCGGACAGCAGGUGAAGGAGGGAGCGGAGGAGAACAUCACCAAGGAGACAGCUCAGCGGGAGGAAGAGGAGGAAGGGGAGGAGCGAGCAGGGGGUUACACCCAACAGCCUGUACUGCUCCCCUUCUGCAUGAACCUGGGUUAUGUGAGCAGUGUGUACGCAGGCGGCCGGCGGUGCAUUGCGCUCUCCGACAAGAACGUGAUGGGUUUCAUCAACAGCCUUCACGAGCUGGGAUCAGCCGAGAGGAAGUUCUACUGCAAGCUGUGUAACAUCAAGACGCAGAUAGUGCGCCCCCUGCUGGAGCUGGAAUCUCUGAGCUCAGUCCUCGGCCCGGUGCUCCUCGGCCUCCUGCAGACGCUGGCGGGUCGGUUCAGCCUCUUGUGUCACCUGACCGGGCAGCACGCCGCCAGCCUCACAUCCAACCUGCGCCGCGGCCGCGAUGUCAAGAGCCUGCUCAUCCUCGACCAUGCAGACAUCUUCCUCGACUCCUAUAACGAAUACUGCACCAUUCUGGGGAACUUCCAGGUGAUGGGAGGUUUCCAGGUCCUGACCAAACCCUCACUAGAUUUCUUUGGGAAGAGUCCCGAGCUGCUGCAGAGGUUGGCAGAGUGCAGCGAGGAGAAUCCCUCCAUGGCCGACCUCCUGGUGGCGCUCUUCAGCCUCCCGACGCGACACCUGCACGAAUAUGGCCGGCUGCUCCUCAAACUGGCCACCUGCUUCGAAGUGAGCUCUGAUGACUACCAGCGGCUACAGGACAACUGCUCCAAGUUUGAAGCUAUGGUCCUUCAGCUGAAGAGAAAAAGAAAGGAAGCAGAGUACACCUUCCACUUCUGGAAGAGUUUCCCAGGAAAGAUGACGGACUCUCUGCGGAAGCCUCACCGCCGGCUCAUCUGUGAGAGCAGCAACAAAGCUCUGACCCUGCAGAACGCCGGCAGGUUCUCCGUCAACUGGUUCAUCCUCUUCAACGACGCUUUGGUCCACGCACAGUUCUCCACCCAUCAUGUCUUUCCAUUGGCGACGCUGUGGGUGGAGCCGAUCCCAGAGGAGAACACUGGCAUAUAUGGGUUAAAGGUGAUCACACCAGAGGAGACGUUCACCCUGCUCGCCUGCUCUCCGAUGGAGAAGGCUAAGUGGCUUCGCUCCAUCAACCAGGCGGUGGACCAGGCGCUGAACGGAGCGGGGCAGGACACAGCGUCCGUCAGCUCGGGGUCGAGCCAGAAGUUAGAGCCUCCCAUCUCCAGGACUGCCUCGUACACCUUCUACAAGGACGGGCGACUGAAAGAGGCGAUAUACGACGGCCGCUGGCUGGCCGGGAAGCCCAACGGGAGGGGAGUGUUAAAGUGGCCUGAUGGGAGAAUAUACACCGGGACGUUUAAGAAUGGACUAGAAGACGGUUUUGGUGAAUUUGUGGCUCCCAAUAAGACACUUAACAAGAACGAUCAGUAUCAGGGUCACUGGAAGGAUGGAAAGAUGCACGGCUUGGGGACGUACAGAUAUGCCAGCGGUGAGGUUUACGACGGAUCCUUCCAGGACGGCAUGCGGCACGGACACGGCAUGCUACGCAGCGGCAAGCUCAACACCUCUUCCCCCAGCGUCUUCAUCGGCCAGUGGAUCCACGACAAGAAGACGGGCUACGGAGUCUUUGACGAUAUCACCAAAGGAGAGAAGUACAUGGGGAUGUGGCAGGAUCAUCUGCGGCUGGGCACCGGGGUCGUCGUCACUCAGUUUGGCCUUUACUACGAGGGAGUCUUCAAAGAUAAUAAAAUGAUGGGCACCGGGAUUCUCCUGUCAGAGGAUGACACCACAUACGAGGGGGAGUUCUCUGAUGAUUGGACCCUCAGUGGAAAGGGUGUGCUGACCAUGGCGAAUAGCGACUACCUGGAGGGCUCCUUCAGCGGGGAAUGGGGCUCCGGCCUCAAAGUGACGGGCUCCUACUUCAAACCUCAUCUGUUCGACACUGACAAGGAGAAAACCCGAGCUGUGAAGUUGGGGCGUCUGUGUGUGUGUGCGGAGGAUAAGUGGCAUGCCGUGUUUGAGGAGUGUUGGAGUCAGCUGGGCUGCGAGGCAUCGGGCCAAGGAGACACUUUGAAGGCGUGGGAGAACAUCGCCGUGGCUCUCACCGCCAGCCGACGACACAUCGAGCUCAGUCCGGAGAUGUUGUCUCGGAGUCACAGCAAGACUUUGGAGAGUUUGGAGGUGAUCCCGCAGCACGUAGGACCCAUCAACAUGGAGAGAUACAACACCAUUCGCCUUUAUCUCAUCAAGGCGUGCGACACUCCGCUGCACCCUCUGGGCCGGCUCGUUGAAACCCUGGUGGCGGUCUACAGGAUGACCUACGUGGGCGUCGGAGCCAACCGUCGCCUCCUGCCUCAGGCUGUCAACGAGAUCAAGUCGUACCUCUUCCGCAUCUUCCAGAUCGUCAGGUUUCUGUUCCCAGACCUGCCAGAAGAGGGCGGUGUAAUCCCAGAGCCGACCACCAACAUCCAGGAUAAAACCGAUCCAGACUCCUCUGAAGCCUCGCUGGAUUCACCAAAGCCAAGCCGUGUGGUGAGCAGCUCGGGUCUGCUGCUUCCCGUCCUGCUCCCUCGUCUCUACCCGCCUCUCUUUACCCUCUACGCUCUGGACAAGGAGAAAGAGGACGACGUUUACUGGGAGUGCGUCCUCCGCCUCAACAAGCAGCCUGACAUGGCUCUGCUCGCCUUCCUCGGCGUCCAGCAGAAGUUCUGGCCUGUUUCCUUCUCCGUCUCCAUGCCUGUGCUGGGAGAGAGGCAGCAGGUUCUCUCCAGCACUAAAGACGCCUGCUUUGCCACCGCAGUAGAGACACUACAGCAGAUCAGCACAACUUUCACCCCGUCUGAUAAGCUGCAGGUCAUCAAGAUCACCUUCGAGGAAAUCACACAGGAAGUGCAGUCGCUGCUGAAGCAGGACUUCCUGUGGUCCAUGGACGACCUCUUCCCCGUCUUCCUCUACGUGGUGCUGCGUGCUCGAAUCAGGAACCUCGGGUCUGAAGUCAGUCUGAUCGAGGACCUGAUGGACCCCUGCGUCCAACAUGGAGAGCAUGGGAUCAUGUUCACCACGCUAAAGGCCUGUUACUACCAGAUCCAGCAUGAGAAGGUCCACUAAGGCGGCUGAGUCGAUCUUCCUCUGUUAUCUUCAAGCUGCUGCCCUUCCUCUUCAUCCUCCUCUACAUCCUCCUCUUCCUCCUCCUCCACCCCUCCCCCUAAAACAGCCAAUCAGCGGCCCAGGAUCAGCGAGAUCCCUGGAUGACAGAUGUAUGCCGCGGCCAACGGGAGGCGGAGGAUCAUACGAACAGGUUGCAGUCGGCUCCAUCUGCUGCUGCUAUGGAGACGGGAACACCUCCUCCUCCCCCUCCUCCUCUCCUCUGACACACACAUACACACUUUGCGGAGCUCUUUAACCUUUCAGCAACCCCCCCCCCCCCCCUCCGCAGACUCUUAUCCACAGAUCAUGAAGGUACACAUGUGAAAAUACUGCCAGAGAUGAGCCACUUCAUUACCGUCCAG